AUGGUUCUUUCUGCAGAUUCCCCCUUGGGACGCACUUUGGUUGCUGCAAGGCAUUAUGAAGAAAAUGACCCAUAUCGUGCAGUAAGGCGAGAAGAUCCUGCUCAUUCUCGAUCGGCAUCGGAUAGCAGCACUCGACGACUGACAACGACACCUGUACCGGAUCUGUACAACAAUGACGACGACCCCUAUGCGAGAAAUGGAGGCGACGACAAUAAUAAACGAACGAGUCGAGCAUGGGCAACCAAUGAUCGAGCCAAUUCCUAUCUACCUUAUUCACAUCAUCAACGAGAUCCAGCAGCUGUGCCAGCACCCAUUUACAUUGACGACGUUGGCUCAAUGGAUGAGCAAGAUCGCACCAUAUCACUACAAAUGGAUCCCGCUCAAAGCUUGUCUUCAUCACGAGGUGGUGCCACAAGGAUGAAUACUUCACAACGAAUGCAAGCCAUCACUGAAGAGGCCGCCGAUGCAGAGCAAGCAUUCAAAAGAAAGAGACGAAAGCAACGAUGGUGUUGUUGUUGUGGUGGUGGAAAGAGUCGUCGAUGGUGGCGGAAUGUGUGUAUUGGCAGCAUCCUUACAGCCGUGGUGAUUGCUGUUAUUUGGUACUUUGUAUGGCCAAGGGUACCACAAUUGUCGCUUAUGGAAGUAGACAAUAUAGAUGAAUUCAAUGCAUGGCAAAAUCCACAAAACUCGACAUUGGUCUCUUUCAAUGCAACAUGGAUAGUCAACAUGACGGCUGAUAAUACGGAGAACUGGAUUCCGACUCAUAUCCGAAACAUGGCAGUCCGCGUCGUCAACCGUGAUACAUCCAAGAUUAUUGGCCACGGUGAUUCAGGCACAAUUGUCUUAGCACCACGCAUCAAACAACUCGUCACCUUACAUUUACCCAUGUACUAUUACGCUCCUUCAGAAGAUGAUCCUACCUUUAGCGACUUGCUCAGUGCUUGUUUGGUGAAUGCUGCUGGUGUAUCACUCGAUGGCUCAAAAAAAGAUACCGGGCUGGGUAUUGAUUUCUUGGUCACUACAUCUAUAGCAGGCAUCGCAUGGUCCACUACCCAAAACAUUUCCACUCCCGCUGGUUUCCAAUGUCCCAGUUGA